AUGGUUGAACAAGUGAAUCACAACUCCAUCGAAACCUUGACUGGAUCGAAUUAUAGCAAGUGGAAACAGGAUCUGGAAAUAUCUCUAGGUUUUCUGGAUUACGAUUUUGUGCUCAAAGAGAAACCUCCUCAAGAACCAGCUACAGAUGCUUCUGCAGGAACUAAGACUAAGUUUGCCAAAUGGGAAAAGGCAAACAAGAUGGCUAUGUUAAUCAUGCAAAGGGCUAUGUCUUCAUUAGUGAAAGGAAGUAUUCCUAAAUCUAAGAAUGCACAACAAUACUAUGAGGCAAUUGCACUGAGGUUUAAGGAAUUCGAAAAAGCUGUCAAAAGUACCCUGUUGAAUCAAUUGAUUGAUAUGAAAUAUGACGGGCAAGGUUGUGUGAGAGCUCAUAUCAUGAACUUGAUUGACAUAGGGACAAAACUACAGGAACUGGAUGACAGUUGA